AUGGCGUCCGCAUCCUCAAAUUCUUCAGAGUCUCUCACAUUUUCAGAGUAUUAUUCAACUUUAUCUGGUCCCACAAAAGCCAGAUAUCAUGAAAAAGUAAAGAUCUGUGGUUUCGACCCUUACACGUUAAAAAAAGGCGAUUGUAGUGAGGAUAUCGUACACUAUCCGAGUGUUUCGUAUCCUGAUAUCAUAAAUUAUUUGGUCAUCCAAACCUCRUGGAAAACUGRCCAAGAAAUGAAGGCUUGGAAGUCAAUGGAUGCAUACAACUUCUUCAUCUCUGGAUGGGUAAAYACAAUUCUCUUAAAAUCAGUUCAAGAAAGCGACAAAGUGGUAGYUACAGCUCGGGUAAACCAUUCUCAACGGGCGCGUGAUACGCCAUUGAAGACCUGGCUUCUUGCCGAAAAGGAUGGCAGUGUUUGCUUCGCACAUUGUACGUGUAUGGCAGGACUAUGCGAAGCYUGUUCGCAUGUUGGCGCUCUUCUCUUUGCUUUAGAGGCAGGAGUGAGGAUGAAUAAUUCUGUUACGUGUACGCAAGAAAAGGGAAAGUGGCUAAUGCCUUCGUACRUGCGCGAGAUCCCAUACAUGCCUGUAUGYGAGAUGGACUUAUMGUCUGCUAAGAAACGAUACAGUUCACUUGGGGAGCAGACCGAUACGYCACAACAGGGUCGUSRRRGAGCCGAUGUGCCACGGCCUACAAUACAAGAAAGAUCUGAUUUUUAUCAGAACAUUUYGCAAUGUGGAAUAAAGCCAGCAAUUCUGUCCUUGGUUCCUCCAUACAAUGAAAAGUAUGUGCCUAAACACAACACAACUUUGCCAUUACCCUUAACUCAUCUUUUUAAUGAGGACAAUCUGGAACUUAAUUUUCAAGAACUUCUUGAGAAAUGUAAUAAAGCAGUUGAGGACCUCAAGGUAUCAUGURAUGAAGCAGCAGYUAUAGAGUCCUCAACUAUAUCUCAGUCUUCUUCCAAGGACUGGUUUCAACAGARAGCAGGGAGGAUAACUGCCUCAAAGUUCAAAGCAGCUUGUAGAACAAGCCAAGAAAAGCCCUCUACAAGUUUGAUUAAAGCUGUAUGCUACCCGGAGGCAMACAAAUUCUCUAACCCUGCUACAAAAUGGGGAAUCAGCAAAGAAAGUGURGCAAGGGAUGCAUAUCAAUUUGCUGUGGCAGCUGAACAUGUCAAUUUAUCAGUAGCUGAAUGUGGGCUACACAUMAAUGAAAAGUGGCCAUAUAUAGGUGCUUCACCGGAUGGCUUGGUCUUUUGUGAGUGUUGUGGAAAUGGCAUCUGUGAGAUAAAAUGCCCACACAAACACAGAAAUUCAAAUAUCAACGAAGCUGUGUCAUCAGACCCACAAUUUUGUUUAAAGCGUACUACAGACAAUAAAAUAACACUAAGUAAAUCACAYGCAUAUUACUUUCAAGUACAAUGCCAAAUUUUUGUCACUGGAGUAGAGUAUUGUGACUUUGUWGUGUGGACAAASAAGGACRUAUACAUCCAAAGAAUACUACCUGAUAGUGACUUUUGGGGGAGCUGCCUUGAAAAUGCAAAGCAUUUCUUUGUAAGGGGAGUUCUGCCUGAACUGUUGGGCAAGUASUUUACCCGAGCUGUAUCAAGAACACAGGAACAGUCACAGAAAGAGWACAGUGAGGAGAGUGAAGAUGAUGGGUCAUGGUGCUUUUGUCAGCAGGCCAUCGAGGGCAGUUGUCUCAUUGGAUGUGAUAAURCAGAAUGCCCUACUCAGUGGUUUCACAUGACAUGCGUGGGUCUAGCUGAAGUACCGGAUAAUUGGUUUUGCUCAACUUGUUCAAAAUAAUGAUGGUAUUAUAGACAUAAUUUCACAAAAAUUCA